AUGGUCAACGCUCUCCGUGCUUCUGGCAAGACGGCGGUACUCGUGUCUGAGGAGCUUGACGAGGCGGUGCUCAUAGACGACAGGCACAAGGGUAAGUACUGUGUCGUCUUUGACCCGCUGGACGGUAGCAGCAACAUCGAUGCUGGUGUGAACAUCGGUACCAUCUUCGGGAUAUAUCAUAUUGCGCCGGGAUCGACGGGAACGGUACAGGAUGUACUCAGACCUGGAAGCGACAUGGUUGCGGCGGGUUACACGAUGUACGGAUCAUCGGCAAACCUGGUCCUCACUACUGGUCAUGGCGUUAAUGGAUACACGCUCGACGCAGCCCUUGGGGAGUUCAUUCUCACCCACCCCGACAUUAAGAUCCCGCCGCGCGGAAGAUCUAUUCCUUCAACGAAGGAAAUUCGAUGUACUUCCACACACCCCGCCCGGUACAUUGGGUCGAUGGUCGCCGAUGUGCACCGUACGCUGCUGUACGGUGGGAUCUUCGGGUACCCCGACGAUAAGAAGUCGAAGAGCGGAAAGUUACGGCUCCUUUAUGAGGCAUUCCCCAUGGCGUUCCUGAUUGAGCAGGCUGGUGGGCUCGCGACUACCGGGAGGCAACGUAUCCUUGACAUUGUGCCCAAGAGUAUCCAUGAACGCUGCCCGGUGUUCCUUGGAAGCAAGGAUGACGUGCAGGAUGUGAUAAAGUUCUUCCAGGAGGACGGGAAGGCACAGGCAUAA